AUGGAAGUGGCAGGUCGCAGAUUCAAGGUGAACUUGGUGUGCUUGCCUUUGGAGGGACUGAACGUGAUACUGGGGAUGGACUGGCUGUCUAACAACCACAUCAUGAUUGAUUGUGGACGGCGCAAUUUGGUAUUCCCAGAAAAUGCGGGGUUGGAGUUGAUCUCGACUCAGCAGGUGUUGAAGGAACUGCAAGGAGGAGCCAUGUGUUAUAUGAUGGUGGCCAAGCCAGAGAAGAAGAGUGUUGCAGAGAUGAUCCAAUCCAUACCUGUAGCUAGCGAGUAUGCGAAUGUAUUCCUAGAUGAAGUGUCAGGAUUGCCGCCGAGUCCAGUGUCUAUGGCUCCAUACAAAAUGGCACCAGCAGAGCUCGCAGAACUUAAGAAGCAAAUUGAGGAGCUAAUGGAGAAGUAG